AUGGCGGCAGGGAGCGAGUGUCUAAACCGGUUUAUGGCCCUUACUGGCUAUACCACCACCACCACUACCUCCACUAACGCCACAACUACCACCAUCACCUCUUCCUCCUCCGCUACUGACUCCACCAGCCGCACAAGCACCACCAUCACCACCACUAUCGCUGCCAUCAUAGCCACUGCCUUCACUGUUUCCUCCCCCACUACCUCCACUACCUCCACCUCCUCCUCCACUUACAGCAUCAUUGUCUUCCUCCACUACCUCCAUCAUCUCUUCCUCCGCUGCCUCCUGAAACUAUGCCAGUGCCGUGGUGUCAGCAGAUCAAGGACUAAAGGUUGUCAGCAGAUGUUAAGUUUGUCAGCAGAUCUCAAGUUUGUCAGCAGAUCUCAAGUUUGUCAGCAGAUCUCAAGUUUGUCUGCAGAUCUUAAGUUUGUCAGCAGAUCUCAAGUUUGUCAGCAGAUCUCAAGUUUGUCAGCAGAUCUUAAGGUUAUCAGCAGAUCUCAAGUUUGUCAGCAGAUCUCAAGUUUGUCAGCAGAUCUUAAGGUUGUCAGCAGAUCUGAAGCUUAUCAGCAGAUCUCAAGUUUGUCAGCAGAUCUUAAGGUUAUCAGCAGAUCUCAAGUUUGUCAGCAGAUCUUAAGGUUAUCAGCAGAUCUCAAGUUUGUCAGCAGAUCUCAAGUUUAUCAGCAGAUCUCAAUUUUGUCAGCAGAUCUUAAGGUUAUCAGCAGAUCUCAAAUCUCAAGUUUGUCAGCAGAUCUUAAGGUUGUCAGCAGAUCUCAAGUUCGUCAGCAGAUCUUAAGGUUGUCAGCAGAUCUUAAGGUUGUCAGCAGAUCUCAAGUUUGUCAGCAGAUGUUAAGUUUGUCAGCAUAUCUCAAGUUUGUCAGCAUAUCUCAAGUUUGUCAGCAGAUCUCAAGUUUGUCAGCAGAUGUUAAGUUUGUCAGCAUAUCUCAAGUUUGUCAACAGAUCUCAAGUUUGUCAGCAGAUCUCAAGUUUAUCAGCAGAUCUCAAUUUUGUCAGCAGAUCUCAAGUUUGUCAGCAGAUCUCAAUUUUGUCAGCAGAUCUCAAGUUUGUCAGCAGAUCUCAAGUUCGUCAGCAGAUCUCAAGUUUAUCAGCAGAUCUCAAGUUUAUCAGCAGAUCUCAAUUUUGUCAGCAGAUCUUAAGGUUAUCAGCAGAUCUCAAGUUUAUCAGCAGAUCUCAAGUUUGUCAGCAGAUCUUAAGUUUAUCAGCAGAUCUCAAGUUUGUCAGCGGAUCUCAAAUGCCAUCAGUUUGUUUGACUCUCCAUGCUGUCCGCCCUGGCGGCUGGGCGGGCAGCUCUCCUCAGGGUGCUGCUCCCUCUACGGAACACCCUUCGCGCCCUCUGCUUCUGCCUCGCCGGCGUCGCCGCCUCACACGGGCGUGGGCGAAUGCGUACGCCAGCGCGAGGGCCGCAGCCAGUCCGCAGACCAGCCAGUGCACGAGCGGCGCGUCCUGCCCGGCCACCAGCGUGCCCGCGGCCACCGCCAGACCUCCCGCAGUUCCGAGGGCAGCCACCACGCCGCGCGCCAGCCGUCCGUGCCUCCAUGGGCCGCGCUGCGGGGGGACCUCCUCAGCCCGCUGCCGCGUCCCCACCUCCGCGGCCCCUAG